AUGAAGCUUCUGAUAGCCCUGUCAUUCUAUGCUACAGGGUCAUAUCAAAGUUUGGUAGGGCAAAGUGCAUUUCACAAUGUAUCACAAGCCACCGUGUCAAGGGCUGUGGGACAAGUGACCAAAGCUUUGAAUGAUCCUACCAUUUACCACAAAUAUGUGAGAUUCCCAUUGGAACAGCAAGACAGGAAUGACAUAAAAGCCAAAUUCUAUCAUAAAUUUAAAAUCCCCGGGGUUCUUGGAUGCAUUGAUGGCACACAUGUGGCUAUUUUGAGACCUCACGUACAUGAAGAACGAUAUUUUAACCGAAAAGGGUACCAUUCAUUAAAUGUUAUGAUUGUAUGUGACUCUGAUCUUCAAAUCAUGUGUGUCGAUGCCAGUAUCCCUGGUGCAGCCCAUGACUCCAGUGUGUGGCAGAGUAAUCCACUUAGCCAACACUUAAUUAGUUUAGCUGGUUCCGGUGGAGAUGGUUCAUUUUUAUUAGGUGACAGGCAAAUAGUGAACGCCUGCUGUGUUCUGCACAACAUUGCGAACCGCGCCAAAAAUCCUGUCCUGCCUUUACUGCCUGAGGAAGUUGUAGCGGAGAAUUUGCGUCAAUAUCAGGUUCAAGAAGAUUUGAGAGCAGAGGCUGAGACCGUAGUAACGAUAGGUGGUCGGGUUAAUCGUGACCUGCUGGAAGGCCGGGCCAUGCAGCAGGCACUUGUGAACAAAUUGUGGGCAGAAAGAUAA